AUGGUCUCAUUCAAAUACUUGGUCAGCUUAGCAUUGGCUACAACUGUAGUCCAAUCAUUCACCCUUUUGCACGAUGCUGAAGGAUACGCCAUCUUACCACCAACUGAUGUCGUUUUGAACUACUUGAAAGAAGCCGGUAAGAAAGAUGCAUCCACUCACUACGAUGUUGUAAACACUGUGCACAAGAAUGGCGAAAUUGUCCAAGUCAAUACCCACACUCAUGAAAUUAAACAAACUGGUAAAUACAAGUACAACUACGACAACUCAUGUUACCAUGAUGAAUCCAAGAGAGAUAAUUUGUUCACUAGAGAAAUCCAAGACUCAAGUUUGACCCAAUGUUUCAAUAAGGAUAGUGAAUUGGAAACUUCACAGUGUGGAUUUGAUUUUAUUGCUUACGAUGAUGCUUCCAACUGUGAUUCUUCAACCACUAAGUACUCUUGUGUUUUGGAUGUUCAAAAACAACAAGACGCUACUUUGAAAUUGAAAGAUAUGGAUGAUAUUCCUGCUCAAGUUAGAUGCUAUCACAAAUUGUCAGAUGCUAAAAGUGAUAAAGUCACUGGUGGUGCUUGUGGUAAGUAA